AUGAAUCAACAAGAGCUGACUAAUAGUAAUCGACAAAUACUUCAAAGAUGUAUUUAUAGUAACAACGAUAAUGCAUUUUUAUCGCGACAAUUUUCGUUAAACUCAUCACAUUUUCAUUCGUCAGUAUCAUCGUCAUCAUUAUCAUCAACAUUAUCAACAACAAAUUCAUCACAUAUUCAUCAUAGAACAUCACUGAUAAAUUUAUCACCCAAAUCACAAAAUUGUUCAUCGCCAUCAACAUUUCUUAAGUCGACAUAUGAUGAUGAGGUAAGAGGAUAUAGGACACCAAGCGAUUCAUCUAACAAGUGUUUAUGUAGUAAUUCGAUUGUAAAGCAUGAUUACUAUAAUUCAAGUGCUGUGUUAUCGGGACGAAAUCUAUUUCAACCACAUUACUAUGAUUGCUUGUCACAAUCAUUCAGCGAUUUAAAUGUUUUGCAGAUGUGUUUUGCUAACCAUCAUUUUUUAAAUGAGGUAGGAACAACACAAACUACAACGAUUACAACUGCAGCAACAUCAGCGAAUCGUAUAACAGGCCUAUCGAACACAACAACAAAUAAUAUAUACGGAUUUGCAGAUCGCCUUCAUCCACUUGGCAUAGCGGAUUAUCAACAAUCAUCAUCUCCACAGUAUAUAAUAUCGAUGCCACAAUCAUAUCAGCAACCAAGAAAUACUUAUUUACAAACUAAUCUUACUCGACCGAUUUCCGGUAAUGCUAAACGAGGUGGUCGAAGACCGAAAGAAUUUGAAGAAUAUGAUCACGUAACACUAAGCGAGGAAGAACGAGACAAACGUGAUAAAAGGCGUUUACGCAAUAAAGAAGCAGCAGCACGAUGUCGUCAAAGACGACUCGACCUUAUGGGUUCAUUACAAAGCCAAGUGGAUCAGUUAAAAGAAGAAAAUAAAAUGAAAGAUUCAAAGAUCGCUGAUCUUCAAUUAUUGAAGAAUGAAUUAUUGGCCGUAAUUCAUGAACAUCAAUGUGUUUUACCAGAAACGUUGAGGCAGUCAUUAGAUGUUGAUAUGUCAAGUACUCAUCAAUAUAUGCCUCGAAAUAAUACAACCAGUUCAGUUGAUAUGAAUGGUGGUCAGUUUAAUGCAAAUACAACGCAGUCGUCUCUGAUUAAUCAUAAAAGACCAGCUAGUGAAAUGAUACCCGAUUUACGUGGACAGCAGCAACAAACUCAAAGCAGAAAUAUUUCAUUAGAUGGUUCAAAUCAGAAUAAUUCCGGUGUUAAUAAGAUAAUGCAUCUGAAACAAGAAUUUAAAACUGAUCCAACAUUAUAUGAAAUGAAUGGGCCAGAUUUAGUUGAUGAAGAAAUAAAACGACCAACAUCGUUGGCGUUUACUGAUGCAGUCAAUGCAGUUCAUUCAAACAAUUAUUCAAAUAUCAGUAAUUCGGCGUUAUCAAUUACGACGCCAUCAAGUCUUAUUGUUGGAUCAGGUUUUUCUUAUUGUCUUUGUGAAGGGAAUGAAUGUUCAGCUUCAUUAAUAUCUAAUGUUAAAUCAACGUCUUGUUUGAAAAUAGUGUUAUAUGCGUUGAUUUUUACAAUUUUAUUUUUUUUUGCAGUUGGAUCGGAAUUUGGCGGUGUUAAUUUGUUAGAUGGUCCAACGGGCUUAACACCUUGUCACCAGCAGCAGCCAACUGCAUUUCAAGUAACAUCAUUAAAUACACCUCUCGGUGAUGGAAGGAAUUUUGAAAAUCUUUGA